AUGGCAAGAUCAAGGCCUACUUAUGACAGCAUCAAGGACGAAGAAUCAGAAACGUUGCUAGAUGCAAAGGUUCCAAUACGACGUAAGAAACGAAGAGGAGUUCUUAUUAUUCUGCUAUCAACCGUAAUUGCCGCAACCGUAUUCAUUCUCGCUAAAUCAUGGGCAAAGGUCUCGACAGACUCAGCAGGUCCCAAGAAAAAUGUAAUCCUCAUGAUCUCUGAUGGAUUUGGUCCAGCAUCAGAAACGUACGCUCGCUCGUACUACCAAUAUGUAAAUAAACUUCCCUACAAUUAUACCACUCCUCUCGAUGAGAUACUUGUCGGAACCUCUAGGACUAGGUCGUCGAACAGCUUGGUUACUGAUUCGGCUGCUGGCGCUACGGCUUUUGCAUGUGCUAUGAAGUCAUAUAAUUCAGCCAUUGCAGUCGACCCAUCAAAGGCAGCUUGCGGCACUGUACUUGAGGCAGCGAAAUCCAUAGGAUAUACCACAGGCCUUGUAGUAACAUCUCGCAUAACCCACGCCACUCCAGCUUGUUUCUCGGCUCAUGUUGUACAUCGUGACCUCGAAGACAUCAUUGCUCGUCAACAAAUCGGUGACUAUGUUCUCGGCCGUCAAGUCGACAUUCUCUUGGGUGGCGGGCGUUGCUUCUUCCUUCCUCAAAACGUCGCCGGUAGUUGUCGCCAGGAUGAUGUAGAUGUUUUGGAGAUGGCAGAUAAUAAUGGGUUCUCGUAUUUACAGAGUCGGAAGGAAUUCGAUAAGCUUAAGCCGAAACAAAAGCUGCCGCUAUUGGGCUUGUUCACCCUGGAUCACAUGAGCUACGAAAUUGACCGAGACAGUAAACUUGAGCCAUCUUUGGCAGAGAUGACGGCUAAGACCCUUCAGAUGUUGACGCAUGCUACCAAGAAUAAUGACAAAGGGUUUUUCUUAAUGGUUGAAGGAAGUCGAAUCGAUAUGGCUGCUCAUUCCAACGACCCGGCUUCACACGUACAUGACAUCCUCGCUUAUCACGAAACCAUCAAGGUUGUUAAAGAUUAUGUCAAAUCUCAUCCGGGCACCAUAAUGAUUUCGGUAUCUGAUCACGAGACAGGUGGUUUGUCUCUAGCGCGACAAAAUUCAGAAGAAUACCCCCAGUACCGCUGGCUCCCCGAAGUCAUCAAACGGGUCAAAAAAUCCGCUUAUAUUCUCUCGACUGAACUUCUUGCCUACGAAGGCAGAGACAAAGAGCGAUUCAUCCGGGAGAAGAUCUUGUAUGGUGGAUUAGGGAUUGAAAAUCCAACUGAAGAGGAAAUAAAAUGGUUGAUGGAAAAUAAUGAUCAGCUUGCGAUUGAAUUUUAUCUGGGUACCAUGGUCAGCAAACGUGCGGAAAUCGGUUGGGCCACGCAUGGACACUCCGGGUUGGAUGUUAAUUUGUACGCCUACGGAGCGGGAACCGAAUCUUUACGUGGAAAUGUUGAGAAUACCAAUAUUGGUGAUUUCAUCAGUCAGUAUCUUGGAUUGAAUCUUGAAAAGAUUACAAACCAGCUUAGCAAGUAA